AUGGAGCAGCAGGAGAAGGGCCCUAGGACGCAGCCACCAGCGGCAAAGGAGGCUGGGCGCAGGGAGCCGCGGGAGCGGGCUGGCAAGGGUGUGCCGGGGCCAGGGCUCCCCAAGGUGUGUCCGAAGGAGGUGUACCCGACGGAGCCCCGCAAGCCAAGCUGGGCACUGACGCUGGAGGGGCUGGCAGCCAUGGGGCCCGCGCAGCGCCACCGCCACCUGCUCUUCGGCGACCUGCUGGAGGACGUGGCCGUGGCCGCGUCCACCUUCCCGCGUGAGUCGCUGGAGCUGAGACCGCACCGCAUGCCCGACCCGCGUGCGUGGACUCAGCUUCUCGAGCCGCCUGCGCUGCAGGAUCGGCUCCUGGGUGUUCUCAAGGCGGCCGAAGCCCGGGGGCGCGUCCGUGCCCUGCGGCUCCGCUACGCCCGCAUGCGGGCCGAGGAGAUCUCGCUGCUCAUCCAGCGGCAGAAAUCCGCGCGCGCCGCCAUCCGACUAGAGGUGUUCCUACCGCCGCAACUGAAACCCAGGAGGAUCCCGGACCCCCUGGACCGGCAAGAGCGGAGGCGCGUGGAGACCAUCCUGGAGGAGGAGCUGGACGGCAGCCUCUUCCCGCCGCGCUGAUGGCGCUCUCAGAGCCUCCGCCCGCCCCACAUAAAGUGCUUCUUGGCAGGUAGCCCUGGUUUUGCCGCUGUUCACCCCGCCCCGGGCCCCUGGGUGGAAGCGGAGAGG